AUGGGAUCCUUUCUCCUCUUCCUGAGUCAGCAGCGAAGAAGCGAGGAGAGUCCACCUGAGGAGGGCUCGACCAAUGACGACGCUUGGCUGCUCUCUCCCUGUCUAGUCGCCACGCAGCCGCCAGCGCCCGCCAUCGAUGGCUCCAAGCACGGCAUCGAGUGCUCGAAUCCGCCGCAGCCACACUUUUUGCACUCUCCCCCCGACACCAACAAAACACUCAAGUCAGACGCGAGCGACUCCGAGCUCAGCGAACUCGACGACGAACCCGCCCUCGACAGCACUCCCCCCGGUCUGAGCGCCUCGGCCGAGCCGCCUGCCCCCGAGAGCGAUCAAGAUGACAUUGGAGAGGUCCUACCGGAUCAUUGGUCCGGCACCGUACCCGUCUUCAAGCCAACGAUAGAGCAAUUCAAAGAUUUUAAGAAAUUCAUGAACAAGGUCGACAGCUAUGGCAUGAAGUCUGGCAUCAUCAAAAUUAUUCCGCCACAGGAAUGGAAGGACACGCAGCCCAAGCUCGAUGAAAUGAUCAAGCAGAUCCGCGUCCGCGAACCCAUCAAGCAGGACAUUAUGGGCUCCAACGGAACCUACAGACAGGUCAACAUUCUACACGGCCGAUCGUACAACCUUCCACAGUGGCGUCAGCUAUGCGACCAGAGCGAGCACCAGCCGCCCGCCCGCCGUGGUGAGCGACGAGCUAACACGGAUAAACCGAAACCUCCGAGAGCAAAGCCCGCUGCGCCGAAACAAUCCAAGCUGGCGGUGCCCAAGAAGCGUGGUCGUGGCCGUCCUUCAAAGAAUAAGUCUAAGAAGGACGAGGCAACGGCCGAACAAGAGGACCGACCAAUGACGCCAGUGUCGCCAAAGUCCGAGGCUGAAGAGCCACAAGAGGACAAGUCCGAGAUCAUCAACUCCGUCGAAACUGAAGCGCUAGAGGCAGAACUUGAGGCAGAGCCUGCGUCCGCGCCUGGCCGAAUGUCCGGACGCAUAGGAGGUGCCAAAUCCACCAAGGAAAAGACGCAGUCUGUUUCAGCACGCAGAAAGAACGGCCGCCGUGAGGGCUCCGUUGCCAUUGAUGAGGAAGCAUUCAAGGACUUUGAUUACAAGAUGGACAUUUCUGACUACACUGCCGAACGGUGCGAGGAGUUGGAGAGAGCUUACUGGAAAACCCUGACAUACGCGUCUCCUCUAUAUGGCGCUGACAUGAUGGGAACCCUAUUCGAAGACUCUGCCGACAUCUGGAAUUUGAACAAGUUGCCCAAUCUUCUCGACGUUCUCGGCACCAAGAUUCCUGGCGUCAACACCGCAUAUCUCUAUCUUGGCAUGUGGAAAGCCACAUUUGCUUGGCAUCUCGAGGACGUGGAUCUCUACAGCAUCAACUAUCUCCAUUUUGGCGCACCAAAGCAAUGGUACAGUAUUUCGCAAGCUGACGCCCCCAAAUUCGAAAGGGCGAUGAAGAGUAUUUGGCCCGCAGAUGCCAAGUCGUGUAGCCAGUUCCUGCGGCACAAGGGUUACCUCAUUUCCCCUCAGCACCUCUUGUCACACUACGGCAUUCGCGUGAAUAAGUGCCUCUCGUACCCAGGAGAAUUCGUCGUCACAUAUCCCUAUGGCUAUCACUCUGGUUACAACCUAGGCUACAACUGUGCCGAAGCCGUCAACUUUGCUCUUGACUCGUGGCUACCGAUGGGCAAAAUUGCAAAGCGAUGCGAGUGUUCACAGGCACAGGACAGUGUCUGGAUCGACGUCUACGAAAUUGAGCGCAAACUGCGGGGUGAACCGACACCCGAAUACUACGAGGAGACAGAGGACGACGACGACGACGAAGACAUGUCGGGACUGCCUUCACCUCCCUCCAGUGGCGUCAAGUUCAAGGAUGCGAGGAAGCGCAAACACGGCGGCGACAAGGGGCCAAGGAUGAAGAUCAAAAAGGUCCGCCUACGGCUGAAGACGAAGGCAAACCCUCCUUGCUGCCUUUGCCCCAACGACUUUGUUGGCAUGGAUGUCCUGCCCACCAACGACGGCCGCAAGGCUCACAGAAUGUGCGCCUUGUUCAUCCCCGAAACAUACAUUGAUACGGUGGAUGGACAGGAUGUCGUAUGCAAUGUCAAUAAUGUCCAUAGGGACAGGUUGGAUCUCAAGUGCUUGUUCUGUCGCUCCAAGCGUGGUGCCUGCUUCCAAUGCUCACAAAACAAGUGCGCCAGGGCGUACCAUGCAACAUGCGCCGCCGCCGCUGGCGUGUUUAUUGAAGAACAGGAUGUCCCCGUCUAUGGUCAGGAUGGUGUAGAGUACAAAGAACAGGCUUUUGAGUUCAGCUGUCGUUUCCACCGCACGCGAAGGGAUAAGAAGCUCGAUGGCCUGGCACUGGAAGGCGACCAUCGCAUUCAUCAGGCGGCCAAAGCUGUCAAAACUGAUGAAAUCUGCCAGUUUCAGUACGCGAAGGGCGACAUACUUGCUGGUCUUGUUAUCGAGAAUCGCAGCGACGAAGAGACAUUCCUUGUUAGCAUCGUCCCUAGUGGCGAGCGCGUCGAAAUCGAAUGGAAGUGGCUUCUGAUACCCGAUCCGUUAGACUACCACCUGCCCAAGGCAUCACCAAAUGCCCUACCACUGCCUGCCUCAGAAAAGGCUAGAAACCGCAUCAAUGCCAAGAGACAGGAUGACGACAAGCCGCGCAAGGAUGACGAUUUCGCUGAAGGAUACACAUGGGCCGAAUUCAACCUCCAUGACGAGGUGCUCAAUAAGGACCAGGUCAAGGUCGACUUGCGCAAGCAAGAUCAGCUGUGGCAUUAUCUUGGCAAGAGCUCAACAGAAGCGAAGGCUCAAUACACCGAAGAUGCUCGCAAUCGACGACACAACCCGAGGAGCAAUUUCCUUGAUACCCUUCCCAAGCCACCAAAACCUGUUGCAGCGCCCAGAUACCGGCAGUACCAUCAGCAAGGUGUUACAGCCGGUCCCACGCACCAACAAUAUAAUGGAGGCUAUAUCCCGCCUCUGGCUGUUGGAAACAUGGUCGUUGGCAGACCCUAUACGCAGCAACGCUUUGCACCUGCUCCCCAGGCAGCUGUGGCGCAUGUCCAAAUUUCGUACAACAUUCCGCCAGCCCACCACCAGCCAGCGCAGAUGACCUGGAACAACAUGCCACCCGAGGGACCCAAGUACACCGUCCACCCGUCUGUGUAUUACACGUAUCAGUUCUUCCAGGUUCAUUACAACAGAGAGCCGUACCGGUAUCGCACACCAUACGCGACCUAUGGUGGUUUCAUCAAUGGCUACGAAUACAACUACAAGGCCACCCUGAUGGCCACUGGCCCCCAGGCCGACAUCAUGCGACGGGUGAGCUAUACCCCAUCUACACCCCAGGCAGGCAACCUACAGAACGGCAACCCAUAUUCUAUGGCACGGAACGCACUUCGGCCUCUAGCGCCAGCACAAAAAGCAGAAAAACCGAAGGCGGCACCUCAGAAGGGCGCAUCUUACAAGAUCCCAGCGAAACAGUCACCUGUGCCGCUGCCACCAGGAUUCCUUGCGGCGAUGGGAACACCGACGCCGGUAACUGGGGUGCCAACGAACCAGACGCAGCCCGCGUCUGCAUCGCCCUUAUCGGCGACACCCGCGGUCGCCACGACCCCAAUACAACACCAACCUGCGAAGCCAGCUGAAGUUGCCAAGAUCUCCACGACGCCGGUGCCUCUGCCCUCGUUUGGGUUGACGCCGCAACACUCCUCGGCGUUGAAGAACGGGCAAACAAGCCAGUGGACCGGCAAUGUACAUUUUGCUCCCACGCCCGCGGCUGCUCUUCCAGCCACCACGCAACAGAAGUACCAUGCGCAGAUGGAUCAGCAAGAGUUUCCUGAUUUUCCAGGCCGAGAAUCUAUGGAAUUCGUCGACAACAUGAUGCGGAACCUGCGACGAGCGUCCCAACAAGGAUGA